AUCACGUGUACGAGGUGCAGGUGGUAGGAGAGCGGAGAGAGUCACUCUCCUCCUGGUGACCUCGAUACCCUCGAGCCUCCACCGUUCCCCGGAUAAGGGGACUCCUUUCACUUCGAGGCGACUUCGGCAAGGAGUUCUUUAUGCCCGGCACCAAAAGUUCAAUCCUCCAGUGGCACCAGUGCAUCCAGAACCGGCAAGCCGUCGGAGGUUGGAGUGAAAAAAUCGCGCUACCGUAAGUCAGGAUUUAGUUAAAGUUCUCGAUAUCCUCUGCGACCUGAGUGAUCGUCGGAAGCAAUUGGAACCACAACGAAAAGCAAAGUCUCCGAGUGUUCUGACCGGUGGCGUGAACGCGAAAUCGACGAAGAUGCGUUGUUGUGGAACCUGAAGACAGGGUCGAUUGUUGCUCCGCUUUUCUUCGCCCUUUACGCUUUUUCGACCUUUGCGGUACUCGGAAGACAAAGAUGCGGAUCACAGUGACGUGGUACAGCGUGCUUUUGCUGUUGUUUUACCGAUGCGUGACCAGUCUGAUCAUUCCGGAAGAACUGCCCACGAUAUUAUCUCUCAUCUACUCCAAUAUUCCGCCGAUAAAGAAAGGAACUGACUCUCGGCUUGGAGUUGGCUUCAGGCUCGGAGAGCAUGCUGAUUUCCAAGUCCUAGUGGAACUCGGUCCUCAGCAAGAAACGGAGAGGAUCGGUACUUCGGACUCGAAGAGGCGGCGUCAGGCAACCCUCAAUGCGGCAAUAAAUGGUGAAAUGGGACCCUGGGCCCAGUCCAUUGCCAAGUAUCAGAGUCAGCUCAGAAUCCAGAAGGAACUCGAAGAACGGAUCAGGCUGCAAGAGCAAUUAAAAAAAAUGCAGACGAAGAAAAGCCAGAGCGAGACGAUGUCUGGAGGCGGCGAAUGGCUGACGAAGUGGAGUAAAGGGAUGAUAGAACCACCGGGUGAGGAUCCACCCUCGGAAAGGUUUCCGAUCGAGGAACUCUUGCCUAUGAUUGCGGCGAACGGAAUACCGACGGGGGGAUUUAGGAAUUCCGAAACGACGAACGUCAACGACAAGAUGAAAGAGUUGCAGAAGCUGUACAAGGCCCAACCAAUUGCUCAAAAUGCUUGACCCUGUGAAUUCCAUGUUUUAGAAACAAGUUACCUGCCUUUCAAGAUCAAACAAACUUGCCGACACCUCGUACAGCAUCGGAAACUGGAUCAAAUUGUGCGGACUUGCAUUUUGCUUGUGAUAUAAAGCGUCGUUAAUAUUUUGCAAGACCGAAAGAGCUUUUCGUGGUGUCGAGGCCAAUUCAGCGACAAGUCGGGAGACUUUCGUAACUUUCUCGUUAAUCAUGAUUGUCCAGGUGUUUUCUGUCGGGUGAUUGACGGACUUAAUCCCAGUCAUUAUCUGCAAAAAAAAAGUCAUUAAACGAUUAAUUAAAGUUUAGAACCGGAGAGACUGAAUUGAAGAACCAGUGAAUCUAAGGGCGAAUUUCAAGUUCCCUCAAAUCAAAACUAAACCGCUUCGUUUUCCCGAGUUCUGGAUGAUAAACGUCCGUUCCAACUUGAUGAGUGAAAGUACUGUAGCCUGCGUUCAAUGCCAGCUGUAGGGUAGCAUCGUUUCGUUUUACCGACUUUCGAGAGGACAGGAAAUAAUUCUCGGCACGUGAAAUCCGUCGGUAACUCAUCGGGGGUUGAUGCGAAUUGUUACCCUGAACGGAAAACCACCCCGUGUGACGAAAAGAUGUCCGGUAGUCGUUGCGAACAAAUUCAUGUUAUAUAAAAUCAAAUAACAAUAAAGUUUUGUUAACGUUGA